AUGACGCAGCUGUUCACCUCGUCUCACCCGUCCGCUGUGACGUCCGAAAAGCGGAAUUUCCACGGUCUCAGUCUCCCGUCAAAGAAGCACAACAGUCCUAACAAUGAGUCGUCGAACAACCACCUGCCAUCGAAAAUCAAGAACUUCUUCCGCAUCAACAGUUCCGGCAGUGGAGGUUCUCACGGUAGCAACCACAGUAGUCAGGACCGCGAGCGGGACCGAGAUGGUGCGCAUGCCAACAACUCUCUGAAGCCCGAAUCGAAGUCCAACUUCCGUCAAUCGCGCUUUCUACCUGCCAUUGGCCGCAAUCGCUCGACCACCGUCGCCAGUGAGGGCAACCCUCUCGACGAUGGUGUGUCCCCGACCGCCCAAGCCAAUCCUUACUUUGCUCACCAGGGUCACCCUGCUCUCCGCCAUCACAACGAGGGUUCUCUCCCGUCAACCCCGCCAGACACCCCGGAAUUGCAAGUCGAGGGAAUCUCUCCUGCAGACCAGGCGACGACUGCCGGCAAGGAGGAACUAGCACGGAAGCUCCGUCGCGUUGCAUCUGCCCCGAACGCGCAGGGCCUCUUCGCCGACGACAAGUCUGCUGAUCGGCCCAAGACGGCGGAACUUGGCAAGGAGCCCUUGGUGGAACAGCAGGGCGACAACCACAAAGUAGGCCUCGCCGAUCAGACCACGGCCGAGCAAGGUCAGAACCUGCCGGUGCCCAAAGUUGGCCCCGACGGCAAGAUCCCCACCCCAGGCCAGAUCCGCACGUCGUCUACCGCGGGCUUCCGAAGGACCUAUAGCUCCAACUCGAUCAAGGUGCGCAAUGUGGAGGUGGGGCCAGGAAGCUUUGAUAAGAUCAAAUUGAUUGGGAAGGGAGAUGUGGGCAAGGUGUAUCUCGUCCGGGAAAAGAAAUCGGGCCGAUUAUAUGCCAUGAAAGUUCUGAGCAAAAAGGAAAUGAUCAAGCGGAACAAGAUCAAGCGUGCUCUGGCUGAGCAGGAAAUUCUGGCGACGAGCAACCAUCCGUUUAUUGUCACGCUGUACCACUCCUUCCAGUCGGAGGACUAUCUAUAUCUGUGCAUGGAAUAUUGCAGUGGCGGCGAGUUUUUCAGAGCUCUGCAAACCCGCCCCGGAAAGUGCAUACCCGAGGACGAUGCCCGGUUUUAUGCUGCCGAGGUCACGGCUGCUUUAGAAUAUCUUCAUCUCAUGGGCUUCAUCUAUCGCGAUCUGAAGCCUGAAAUGCUAUAUUCAGACAUCCUGCUACAUCAAUCCGGCCACAUUAUGUUGUCGGAUUUUGACCUGUCCAAGCAGUCCGGACCAGGUGGUAAACCUACAAUGAUUCUGGGACGCAACGGAAGCGGCUCCUCGUCUCUGCCUGCAAUCGACACGAAGUCGUGCAUCGCCGAUUUUCGAACCAACUCGUUCGUCGGUACUGAAGAGUACAUCGCCCCAGAGGUGAUUCAGGGCUGCGGGCACACCAGCGCUGUGGAUUGGUGGACGUUGGGGAUUCUGAUUUAUGAGAUGCUCUACGGAACGACGCCGUUCAAGGGCAAGAACCGCACGGCGACGUUUUCGAAUAUUCUGCGAGAUGAGGUGCAGUUUCCAGAACAUCCAGGAGCGCAGCAGAUUUCAAAUCUUUGCAAAUCUUUGAUCCGCAAGUUGCUCAUCAAGGACGAGACAAAGCGCCUCGGUGCCCGAGCUGGUGCGUCGGACGUCAAGGCUCACCCAUUCUUCCGACAGACGCAGUGGGCUCUCAUACGCCACAUGAAACCGCCCAUGAUUCCCCACCAAGGCCGUGGCAUUGACACAGUUAACUUCCGCAAUAUCAAAGAUAGCGGGAGCGUGGAGAUCGGAGAUUCUAGCACGAGCAAGAUGAAAGGUGUUCCGUUGGACUCGAACCUCGCAACUCCUGGUGGUGAGGUCGCAGAUCCGUUCGAGGAGUUCAACAGCGUCACCCUUCAUCAUGAUGGCGAUGAUCCUUGA